CCUCACUCGCUUCAGAAACACUGCCUGUCAGACUGACCCUGAACCCAAAGUCUCAGUGGCGACGCAGUUCUGUCACUAUAUGGUAUCGGUGGGCACACAGACAUCCUACUCGCCCUCUACGAGAUGUGCCGCCACCCAGUUAUCCUACAACACGCUGAAGCAGCAUGUGAGAAGCAAAGCCACGCAGGCCACAGUGUCGCACUGCAAUGUGGAACAGUGACGACCCAAUCAGAGACAGGGAUUCAGCCAGGCAUCAGACCAGCAAGAGACCUCGUCUUGAAGUGAAGGAAGAAGAAGAUGAGGAGGAGGAGCAGCAGGAAGAAGUGGAGGAAGAAAAAGAUCUUCCUGAAGUCCCCGACCCGUACGACCCCAUCUAUGAGCCAUACGAGCCAGAUGAGUCCUCAAACGAGCAGUCCGACAGUCGCGAGGUGGAGUCCACGUCCUCAGACUACAAUGACCCCAAGUACAUUGUGUUUGAGAGCUGCCUCAGAGAUCUCUUCGUCAGCUGUCCCGUUUGCAGGCUGAGCUGUGAGGUGCAGCGGCAGCGGAUGGGCACCUUCGUCUCCUUCAGCCAGCUCUGCCCCAACUGCGAGUAUAGCAGGAAGUGGGAGAGCCAGCCGGUGGCGGGAAGCACACCACUGGGAAACCUGCAGAUGUCUGCGGCCAUUUAUUUCACCGGAGGGUCCUUCACUCAGGUGGAGAAGGUCUGCAGAGCCAUGAACCUCCAGAUGUUCCAGUACAAUACCUUCAGAAGGCACGCCCGGAUGUUUCUGGAACCCGCCAUCAACCAUAAGUGGAAGCAGGAUCAGCAGGUGCUGAUGGAGCGCCUGAGAGGCGAGGGCAGCGUGGCGGUGGGAGGACGCAUGAGGGCGGACCUACAGGCACACUGUGGCAAACUGGGCAGCUACACCCUGAUGCACCUGAAGAGCAGCAGCAUCAUGGACAUCCAGCUCUUUCAGAACACUGAGGUUGGUGGCAGCUCGCACAUGGAGACGGAAGCUCUGCGGCGAGGCCUCGACCUGCUCCAGGCUAACCAUCUGAGCGUGGAGCACAUCGUGACCGACCGCCGCACACGCGUGCAGAAAUACCUGAGGGAGCGAAACGUCCUCCAUUACUACAACACUCAGCACCUGGAGAAGGGUUUGUCCAGGAAGCUGAAAAAACUGGCCAAAAAUAAAGCAUGUCUGCUGGUGCGCCGAUGGCUGCCUAGCAUCAGGAACCAUGUUUACUGGACCGCCACGUCGUCCACGUCCGCACCAGAGAAGGUGGCCAAGUGGAAAUCCUUUGUAAACCACAUACAGAACAUUCACACUCAUGAUGAUCCACUGUUCCCGACGUGCGCACAUCCCAACAGGGUCUCCAUGGAUCCCAGCAAGUGGUUCCAGCCAGGCUCGGCGGCUCUCCACAAAGUAAAGAAGCUCCUGCUCAACAAGCGAAUUCUCUGUGACGUCGGCAAACUGAGUCACGACAACCAGACGUCCUCGCUGGAGUCCUUCCAUCAACUCAUACAGCGCUUUACGCCGAAGAACGUCAUUUUCCCAUUUAUGGGAGUGCUCUGCAGGCUGUAUCUGGCCGCGAUGCACUUCAACGAGAACGUCGACAAACACGAAGCAAAGAGUUCAGAGGUCACAGCAGAGCCACAGCAGAGCGAGCCCAAACUCAAAUAUGUGAGUGAACUGAUGAAGCUCCUGUUUGAAGACGUCUUUAAGGAGCCCUCGACGUACGUGGAGGAGCUCAAACAGAUCCCCGUCCCCGAGGACCUGCGGCCCAUUUGAGGAGCAGGAGGAGGAUCAGGAAACUCCUGAAAGUGGAGUUUCUAAUGGAUCCACAUGAGGUGGAAGCCGUCCUGCACAGACUGACUGCAGGUCUGAAGGAGGAGAAACCAUCAUCAUCACAAGCACAAAACACAUUGAAUCCACUGAAGAACAUUUAGAACCACAGGAACACGUCUGUCUUUUUUAUGACCAGUGUUGAUAUUUAUGUAAAUAAAGCACUUUGUACUG